AUGCCAUAUCUCAACACAGAUACGAUUAGUAUUAUUCUCUCACAUCUACCAGUGAAGACACUCCUACAAUUCAAGUGCGUAUGCAAAUCAUGGUACUCUCUCAUAAAAAGUCAUUAUUUCAUCACCAUGCACCUUAACAAUAACUCUACUACUCAUCAUGACAAGUAUCUUGUUUCUAAAUUUCCUUAUAAUAAUAACAAACCAGCAGUAAAAUCACUCUCCAUGACUUUCUUAUCUCAUCACACCAUGAGAGUGGCUUCAAAUCUAACCCAGACCUUAGAAAACGCUAGCUUUCUUGGUGUGUGCGAUGGAUUGUUGUGUGUGGCCAUCAAUGAAUGUGAAGCAACUACUUUCAAGGUCAUAAACCCAGCCACUAAACAAUCCAAGGUGUUGAUAAAGGAACCUCCAAACAAAGCCUCAUUGGGAUCUAAAUCUUAUCCUUCUUAUGGGUUUGCCUUUGACUCAAAAGUCAAUGACUACAAGUUGAUUAGGGUUACACUCGAGAAAACCGAGAUACUAACUUUGAGAGCCAACACUUGGAGACGUGUCCCCAUGACGAGCCACGGCACUAGUGUUAUGAAAAGAGUAAGGUUUUUGCAUGAUCAUUGGAGUAGAGCUGUGACAAAGAAAGCACUUUAUUGGACUGGAUUUAGAUUAGGGUUUUCGUAUAAGAUGUUCAUCAUUAUGUUUGAUCUUACUAGUGAAGAAUUCCAGGAUAUUGAUCUUCCGAAAAGUGAUAAUAAUAACAAUAAUGAUGACCGGAUUUAUAGAGGUGUUUCUCGUUGUUCUGUGUUCAGAGAUUGUCUUUCUGUGACUAUUAAUCAUGGGCGUUUUUCUAAUGAUAAUAAGGUUGUGGUGUGGGUGAUGAGAGAAGAUGGUGUUGAGAAAUGUUGGACUAAGCAGUACUGUUUUUCCAUGGAGCUCUCUGGUCUUUAUAUUCUUACAGUAGAUCAGUAUGUUAGGGAGGGAAUCAAAGACGAUGAUUAUUGGCCUUUUCAAAGUUGGGAUGGUGAAUUGGAUAUCUUCUCUACUAAACACUCUUUGUUCGAGAACUUCAUGUUACAUCCUAUUCUCAAAAAACACAACUUUAGUUAUAGAGAAAGUCUUGUUCCACUUAGUUAA